CGAGGACGGGUGUCCAUGGCUGCUCUGGCCAUGAUGAACCUGGACAAGGUCCUCAUGGAGAGCUGGUACCACUUGAAGGACGCGGUGUUGGACGGCGGCAUCCCCUUCAACAAGGCGUACGGGAUGACGGCGUUCGAAUACUACGGCACGGAUGCCCGGUUCAACAAGGUGUUCAACGAGGGCAUGAGGAACCACUCCACCAUCAUGACCAAGAAGCUGCUCGACAUCUACCGCGGCUUCGAGGGCGUCAAGGUGCUCGUGGACGUCGGCGGCGGCGUCGGCGGCACCAUCUCCAUCAUCGCCGCCAAGCACCCUCACAUCAAGGCCAUCAACUUCGACCUCCCCCAUGUCAUCUCCGAGGCGCCACCCAUCGCAGGAGUCGAGCAUAGAGGCGGCGACAUGUUCGAUAGCGUCCCGAGGGGAGACGCCAUCCUGAUGAAGUGGAUCCUCCACGACUGGAGCGACGAGCUGUGCGUGAAGAUACUGAGGAACUGUUGGAAGGCAUUGCCGGAGAAAGGAAGGGUUAUAUUGGUGGAGUGCGUCCUCCCGGUGGUUCCGGAGCCGAUGGGGCGAGGUCGGGGAAUGUUCCAUUUGGACCUCGCGAUGAUGGCUCACCUCCCGGGAGGGAAGGAGAGGACAGAGACAGAGUUCGAGAGCUUGGCAAGAGAAGCAGGCUUCUCAGGAUUCAAAGCCACUUACGUCUUCGCUAAUACUUGGGUCAUUGAGAUCGAAAAAUAGAAUGGGGAAUUAUAGUUUAAGUGCGUGCAUGUUCUAUUUCUG